AGGGUGGGGGGUAGAGGGACGGAGACGAAUCACAUCUGAUAUUGAACAUUCAGGCCCUGCCAGAAAAUGAACAUCCUUAAAGACAACAAAGACCUGGCUUGCUUCUACACAACCAAACACUCAUGGAGGGGAAAGUACAAGCGAGUCUUUUCAGUGGGAACCCACGGCAUCACGACGUACAACCCUACGACAUUAGAAGUGACGAACCAAUGGCCUUACGGGGACAUCUGUGGCAUCGCACCUGUGGGCAAAGGUCAGGGCACGGAGUUCAACCUCACAUUCCGCAAAGGCAGCGGCAAAAAGUCGGAGACGCUCAAAUUUUCCACGGAGCACCGGACGGAGCUGCUGACGGAGGCGCUGCGAUUUAGAACAGACUUCUCAGAGGGGAAAAUAACUGGAAGGCGCUACAACUGCUACAAGCAUCAUUGGAGCGACACGCGUAAGUCUGUAGGGUUAGAGGUCACGCCGGGGGGCAUCGACCAGAUCGACCUCCAGACCAACCGGGUGGUCUGUUCCUACGAUUAUCGUUCUGUAGAAGGCUUUGCCGAGGUCUCUGACUACCAGGGGGGCUUCUGUAUCCUCUAUGGAGGAUUCAGUCGACUGCACCUGUUUGCGUCGGAACACCGGGACGAGAUAAUCCGCAGCGCCAUAGAGCACGCUGGGAACUUCAUCGGAAUCACGCUACGUUUACGGAAGGAGGCGCUGACGUUCGAGGGCUUUCUCAGCGAGAGGCUGGGGAAAUACAGCUCAGACGAGUGCAUUACCUCGCUGGCGGAGUUCGUCGUCCAAAAGAUCACGACUCGCCACGCGGAGCCCGUUAAGAGGAUCCUAGCUCUCACAGAGACAUGCCUGGUGGAGAGAGACCCCGCCUCGUACAACAUAGUCACAGUUAAGCCCUUUGGAGAGGUGUUUGCACUGAUCUGUGAUGAAGAAAACCCCCAAGUGUUCACCGUAGAGUUCAUCAGAGGACAAAUCAGGAAGUACUGCUCCACAGAAAGGGACUCUCUGUUGGCCAGUCUGCUGGAUGGUGUGAGAGCGUCCGGGAACAGGGACGUGUGUGUGAAGAUGGUUCCCACUCAGAGAGGCCAGCGUUGGGGGCUGCUCAGCAUGCCUGUGGAUGAGGAGGUGGAGAGCCUGCAUCUCAGGUUCUUGGCUGCUCCACCCAAUGGCAACUUUGGAGAUGCAGUGUUCAGAUUCAAUGCCAACAUCUCUUACAGUGGCGUGUUGCAUGCUGUCACACAAGACGGUCUGUUUUCUGAGAACAAAGAGAAGCUGAUCAACAACGCCAUCCUGGCCUUGCUCUCCCAGGAGGCCGAGCUGCCGGGAACUAACGCGGAGCUGGAGAGCCACUUCCAGGCCAUCCGCCGUCUCGUAGCCUCCAAGGCCGGCUUCCAGGCCUUCACCCAGCUGCCUAAAUUUAGAGAGAGGUUGGGUGUAAAGACAGUGAAAGCACUGAAGAGGAAUAAUAAUGGGGUGACACAUGCUGCUAUUGACAUGCUCUGUGCUCUUAUGUGUCCCAUGCAUGAUGAUUAUGACCUGAGACAGGAGCAGCUGAAUAAGGCUUCCCUGCUCUCAUCCAAGAAGUUCCUGGAGAACCUCCUGGAAAAGUUCAUCAGUAAUGUGGAAUAUGGUACAGGUGCGUUGGUCAUCAGCUCCCUGCUGGACUUCUUGACCUUUGCCCUCUGUGCACCCUACAGUGAGACCAGUGAAGGACAGCAGUUUGACAUGCUGCUGGAGAUGGUGGCGAGCAAUGGAAGGACCCUAUUUAAACUCUUCCAGCACCCCUCUAUGGCUAUAGUGAAGGGAGCGGGUCUUGUCAUGAAGGCCAUCAUUGAGGAGGGAGAUAAGGAGAUUGCCACUAAGAUGCAGGAUCUUGCCCUUAGUGAGGGAGCCCUGCCCAGACACCUGCACACGUCCAUGUUCACAGUCAGCGCUGAUCAGAGGAUGCUCACCAACAGGCAGCUGAGUCGUCAUCUGGUGGGUUUGUGGACGGCCGAAAACCCCACUGCCAUGAACCUGCUGAAGAGAAUCCUGCCGACUGGUCUGCUGGCUUACUUAGACAGUACCGAUCCAGUGCCUGAGAAAGACGUCGAUAGAAUGCACAUCCGUGAUAAUGUCAAGAUUGCCACGGACCAGUUUGGUCGUAACAAGGUGCCUGAGUGGCAGAGAAUAGCGGGCAAGGCCGCCAAAGAGGUGGAGAAGUUUGCUAAGGAGAAAGCAGACAUCGUGCUCAUGCACUGGCGAGAUAAGAUGGGCAUUGCCCAGAAAGAGCAGGACAGGAAUAACCUGAACCCCAAUCAAAAACCAGUGGUCCUGAGGAAGAGAAGGCAGAGAAUCAAGAUUGAGGCGAACUGGGAGCUUUUCUACUACAAGUUUCAGAUAGACCACGCGCGUUCUAACCUCAUUUGGAACUUAAAGACGCGUGAGGAGCUGAGAGAUGCCCUGGAGGGAGAGAUGCGCUCCUUCAACGUGGACCGGGAGCUCGGCAGCGCCAGCGUGAUCUCCUGGAACCAUCAGGAGUUUGAGGUGAAGUACGAGUGCCUUUCAGAUGAGAUCAAAAUCGGCGAUUAUUACCUGCGUCUGCUGCUGGAAGAGGAUGAGAACGAGGAGUCUGGAGCCAUUAAGCGAUCAUAUGAGUUUUUUAAUGAGCUCUAUCAUCGCUUCCUGCUCACACCCAAAGUCCCCAUGAAGUGCCUGUGUCUGCAGGCACUCACUAUAGUCUAUGGCAAAUGCUUUGAGGAGAUCGGUCCGUUCACAGACACCAAGUACAUAGUUGGCAUGCUGGACCGGUGCACGGACCGACUGGAAAGAGACAGACUUAUCCUUUUCCUCAACAAACUCAUUUUAAAUAAGAAAAACGUGAAGGAAGUGAUGGACUCCAACGGAGUUCGUAUCCUCGUGGACCUACUCACGCUUGCACACCUGCACACCAGCCGAGCCACUGUGCCCUUACAGAGUAACGUGUUAGAGGCUGCCCCAGAUAUGAAACGAGAAAGUGAGAAAGAGUGGUAUUUUGGCAACGCUGAUAAAGAGAGAAGAGGCCCGUUCAGCUUUGAGGAGAUGCAGGAGUUCUGGAACGCGGGCACGCUGACGGCCAAGACGCGAUGCUGGGCGCAGGGCAUGGACGGGUGGCGCCCCCUGCAGGCCAUACCGCAGCUGAAGUGGUGUCUCCUGGCCAGUGGACAGGCAGUGAUGAACGAGACCGACCUGGCCACCCUCAUCCUGAACAUGCUCAUAACCAUGUGUUCCUACUUCCCAAGCAGGGACCAGGACAAUGCCAUUAUCCGGCCACUGCCCAGAGUCAAGAGACUGAUCAGCGACAACACCUGUCUCCCUCACAUUGUCCAGCUCCUGUUGACCUUUGACCCCAUUUUGGUGGAGAAGGUGGCGAAUUUGCUUUACCUGGUGAUGCAGGACAAUCCUAACCUGCAGCGACUCUACCUCACCGGAGUCUUCUUCUUUAUCAUGAUGUAUACCGGCUCCAACGUGCUGCCUGUGGCCCGGUUCCUGAAAUAUACUCACCUGAAGCAGGCCUUCAGAUCAGAGGAGGCCAAAGGUCAGGAUAUAGUCCAGCGCAGUGUGCUGGGGGCUGUGCUGCCAGAGGCCAUGGUGUGUUACCUGGAGAACUACGAAGCAGAGCGUUUCUCUGAGAUCUUCCUGGGAGAGUUUGACACGCCUGAAGCCAUCUGGAGCAGUGAGAUGAGGCGUAUGAUGAUAGAAAAGAUAGCGGCGCACCUCGCUGAUUUCACUCCACGGCUGCAGAGUAACACUCGUGCUCUGUACCAGUACUGUCCCAUCCCCGUUGUCAGCUUCCCCCAGCUGGAUAACGAACUCUUCUGUAACAUCUACUACCUCAGACACCUGUGUGACACCACCCGUUUCCCCAACUGGCCCAUUCGAGAUGCCGUGAAGCUGCUGAAGGACACUCUGGAGGCAUGGAAGAAAGAGGUGGAAAAGAAACCUCCCUCCAUGUCUGUGGACGAUGCUUACGAGGUGCUCAACCUCCCCAAAGGACAGGGCCAGCAUGAGGAGAGUAAAAUAAGGAAAGCUUACUUCCGACUGGCUCAGAAAUAUCAUCCAGAUAAGAACCCGGAGGGAAGGGAUAUGUUUGAGAAGGUGAAUAAGGCCUACGAGUUCCUGUGCACCAAGUCAGCCCGUAUUGUGGAUGGCCCCGAUCCGGAGAACAUCAUCCUUAUCCUGAAGGCCCAGAGCAUCCUGUUCAACAGACACCGCCAAGAGCUGGAGCCGUAUAAGUACGCAGGUUACCCCAUGCUCAUCAAAACGAUCACCAUGGAGACGGGCGACGAACAGCUCUUCUCCAAGACCUCGCCCUUGUUGCCGGCGGCGGCGGAGCUGGCCUUUCACACGGUCAACUGCUCCGCUCUCAAUGCGGAGGAGCUACGCAGAGAGAACGGCAUCGAAGUGCUGUUGGAGGCUUUGUCUCGCUGUGUGGCUGUACUUACCGCCUCCAGUAAGCCUGAUGACAUGGCUGUACAGGUGUGCGGGCACAUCUGCAAGUGCUACAGUGUGGCAGCUCAGUUUGAGGAGUGCAGAGAGAAAAUCAUUGAGCUUCCCAACAUCAUCAGAGACAUCUGUCAUAUACUCUACUAUGGCAAGGGUCUUCCGCGGGCAGCUGCGUUGGCGGUGCAGUGUGUGAGCUCCUUCGCCGUCGACUUUUUCCUGCAGACUCAUCUGUACCACGCAGGGGUGCUGUGGCACCUGCUGGUUUACCUCUUCAACUAUGACUACACCUUGGAGGAGAGUGGGGUUCAGGCCAACCAGGAGACCAAUCAACAGGAGGUGUCCAACAGCUUAGCCAAGCUCAGCCUGGUAGCGUUGGCCCGGCUCGGGGGCUACGGGACCAUGGCCAACCCAGAGGAGGGUGCAGGAGGAGAGGCCAACGGAGGAGAGACAGCUGGCCCACCUCCUGAAAACCCUAACAUCAGGAAGAGCUUGGCCGCAAUGCUGACUCCCUACAUUGCUCGUAAACUGGGCACCAGUACGCCAGCAGAGGUGUUGAAAUUGUUGAACAGUAACUCUGAGAACCCAUAUCUGAUCUGGAACAAUGGGACACGAGCGGAGCUGCUGGAGUUCCUGGAAGCUCAGCAGGAGAGCAACAUCAAGAGGGGCGAGUGUGAUAAAAGUUUUGGUGCUGAGUUUGUGUUCAGCGACCACGGGAAGGAGUUGAUCGUGGGAGAGAUUUUCGUCCGAGUUUAUAACGAGCAACCUGCGUUUCCCCUGGAGUUCCCUAAAGCUUUUGCGGCCAGUCUGCUGGACUACGUGGGCUCCCAGGCCCAGUACCUGUACACCCUGCUGGCCAUGACCCAGACCAACAAAGUGGAGUCACAGCAGCAUGCCCAGAGACUGCGCUGGGCCGAGAUGGCCCUGGAGGCGCUACGCAAUGUCAUCAAGAACAACCCAGGUUCAGAGACAGAGUGCAUCGGCCACUUCAAGCUCCUCUUCUCCCUGCUCCGAGUCCACGGGGCGGGCAAGGUCCAGCAGCUGGCUCUGGAGGUUAUCAACACGGUGACGUCCAAUCAGGACUGCGUCAGUAACAUUGCUGAGUCUUUGGUGCUCUCCAGUCUGCUAGUGCUGCUUCACUCCUUACCUUCCAGUCGACAGCUGGUUCUGGAGACCCUGUAUGCUUUGACUUCCAACACCAAGAUUGUUAAGGAAGCCAUGGCCAAGGGUGCUCUCAUCUACCUGUUGGAUCUUUUCUGUAACUCCACCCACCCUCAGGUGCGCUCUCAGACCGCUGAGCUCUUCUCCAAGAUGACUUCAGACAAACUCGUGGGGCCAAAGGUGCGUCUGACGCUGAUGCGUUUCCUGCCCGGUGUGUUUAUGGAUGCCAUGCGGGAUAACGCCGAGGCGGCCGUCCACAUAUUUGAGGGGACGCACGAGAACCCGGAGCUCAUCUGGAACGACAGCUCCCGAGAAACUGUCUCCACCACCGUCAGAGAAAUGAUGCUCGAACAUUUCAAACAACAGAAGGAUAAUCCUGAUGUCAACUGGAAGCUACCAGAGGACUUUAAGGUUGCGUACGGGGCAGGACAGGGAGAGUUGGAGGUCGGCGGCGUGUUCCUCCGGAUCUUCAUCGCUCAGCCCGGCUGGGUGCUGCGUAAACCCAGAGAGUUCCUCGUGUCCCUCCUGGAGACCCUCACCGAGCUGCUGGAGAGGAACAACCCCAAUGGAGAAGCCUUGGAGACGGUUACCACGGCAGCAGUCUGUCUGUUCAGCACACAGACUCAGUUGGCUGACCAGGUUCCUCCUCUAGGUCACCUACCCCGUAUCCUAGCAGCACUCAACCACAAGAACAACGCUGUGCCUAAAAGCUCCAUCCGCCUCAUCCACGUGCUCUCUGACAAUGAGUUGUGUGUAAGGGCCAUGUCGGCACUGGAGACCAUUGGGCCGUUGAUGAGUGGGAUGAAGAUGAGGGCAGAUAUGGCAGGGUUGGCCUGUGAAGCUCUAAACCGCAUGUUCCAGAAAGAACAGACUGAACUGGUGGCUCAGGCCCUGAAGGUAGAUCUAGUGCCCUACCUGCUGAAGCUGUUAGAGGGAAUUGGUCUGGAGACUCUGGAUAACCCCUCUGCCACCAAAGCUCAGAUCGUCAAAGCACUCAAAUCGAUGACGCGCAGCCUACAGUACGGAGAACAGGUGAACGAAAUCCUCUCUCGUUCCACUGUGUGGAGUGCCUUCAAAGACCAGAAACACGACCUCUUCAUAUCCGAGUCCCAAACUGCUGGCUACCUGACAGGCCCGGGAGUGGCGGGCUACCUGACAGCGGGCACAGGUGCCACGGUGAUGCCCACCGCACCACCCCCAGUGGACAACGACAUCGGAGACCUGGGCUGAAAAACUGACCCAUGCACUGAAAAGACAGACAGACAGACAGACAAACAGUAGUGCUCCGGCACUCACACUCUCCUGCGGCUCUGAAAGCAGUGGACACAAGAGACUUCUCAGCUCCCAGAAAGGAAGAGAAAAGAGAAGGAGAGAGAGGAGGGGGGGAAAGAGGGAUGGUUCUCACCGCCCCUCACGAACCGUCAACAAAAAGGAUUGUUUCCAUACCCUCAAAAAUGUUUGCCUCCUUCCUCAACAGCACUUACAAUCUUUAGACUUCCCCCUUUUUUUCAUUUUGUUUAGUUUUCUUUCUAA